GAGUCGGACGGUUUGCUGUGGCUCACUUCAUCACAGCAGGAAGACGACUCAGGUACUGUAGUCCACUCUGAUCCGUGAUAGAUCAUAAAUAUGAAUAACUUUGAAUCUUGUUAAUAGGGUGAUGGUUAAAAAUGUUAGUAAAUGUAUGGAUGCAUUGCUAUUCGUCAAAAUUGCUAUUGAAUAAUUGUAUAGAUUCCUGCUCUGUAGAAUGCGACGUGUUAGAUGUGGGCAUUGGGGAUAGACACCCUUCCAGCCAGGAGUCAAGCGUCAGGUUGAAGUUAAUAAUGAUAAUGUCAAUGUAAAGUCAAGCAUCAGGUUGAGGUUUAUAUGUUUCCUCUGAUUUAGGAUUUGUCCUUAAUCACAAGUGUCCUGCGGACAGUUGUUAUAUUUGUGGGGCGGUAUUAUGAUUACAUUAUUUGUACAGGAAGACGGCCAUCUUGGUUAGUGAAGGUGUUUAGACUAGGGAUGUGAAGAAUGUGUCGACUCAACGGUCGAUUCUCGACUCGUGCUCUAAACGACUCUAAAAAUAGAAAUCGAUUAAUCGUUUUUUUUUUUUUUUUUUUACCCAUUCCUGCAAAAUAACCAAUUAAAAAUUAUCAAAAUACAAUAAAUCCUUCUCUUUUUUUUCAAAUGGGAGACGUAGCUGUGUUGUUUUUCUAACGGUCACUUCUGUUCUGCCGCACCGCUACGUCUCCCAAGAGCGAUCUCUUCCUUUGUCCUUUCAUGACAAUGGCAUCUUCACUUAAAAGUCCGGUGUGGGAUAGUUUCAUGAAGAUUGAUGACAGAACAGUUCAGGGUAAAUUAUGCCUCAUUUUGCGUACCAUUCGUCCACAACCGUGAUGUUGAAUCACCUGGCAAGGAGGCAUCCCAAGCCUUCCAGCCAGCAAGGCAGCAUCGCAAACUUUACGGUGAGAUCCUGUGAUAGCCUCCGGGCUGAAAGAAUCAGCGGGUUGCUAGCUAAGAUGAUAGCCGGAGAUAUGCUGCCCAUGAGCGUAGUAGAGGGGACUGGGUUACGCAAUCUGAUUUAAUUUCUCGAGCCAACCCACACAGUGCCAUGUCGCCAAACGAUGACUGUGAGGCUGGAGAAAAUGUACCGCGAAGCAGCAGCCUCCCUCCGCGAGAUCCUGUCCUCAGCUGACAAAGUUGCCAUCACCACUGAUGCCUGGACAGCUUUGACGACUGAGUCGUACGUGAAUUUUCGUUUACAAAUAUUUAUUUAAAAACGAAAAUAUCUGUUUUAGUGGGUGUAGCCUCUGUUAAAUUAAAUGGUUUUAUGUCCGACUUAAACAAUUUCGUUGCAAAGAGGAGGCGCGCAUCAUCAACUGCCGUUCCUAAUUAAAACAACGCCGACACAUUUUGCCUAUUGGGAAUUUACAGGUUCACAAUCCUGCUCUUUGAUAUUUUGUUUAUCAUCAUUUUUAUAUCAACUUAACUUCAUAAAAAAAAUGCAUUAUUGGUGUGCUCCUGAUAGCAACCUUUGAAAUAGGACGGGUGGGCCAACUGGGCCGCUGUCUUAAAGGAAUGCGCAGAUCCUUUGAGCUCUGCAACUGCUGCAGCCGCGGGCCGAAAAAAAGAGAAGAAAUCGAUCGAUUUUUCGAUUUAUGCCUCCUACACGUCGACUCACAGAAAACGAGUCGUUUAACAUCCCUAGUUUAGACAUCAUCUUGCACUGGGUCUUGUUCUCUGUGGGCCUGCCUCAUUAUGCAGUAGUGUAGGCCUUCUCUAUAUCUGAGAGCAUCACUCGUAUAAGAGGGACAAAACCUUCGAGGUGAAUUAACUCUGACGUGACCGCCUCAACACAUAGGUCACUGGUGACGACUGGUCCGUGUUCUUCAGCUCAGCCAAUCCCACUGACAUCCUCUCACCAGCAGGUGGUGCUGCGGUGCACCUGUUCGAGGGUUUCAAAACGGACCCUGUGUCAAAUCAUUUGGUUUACUACUCUCAAGACGUUUAAAUGAUUCAUGUACACUUACAGAAAAAUGUCCCACUUUACUACAGCUGGAGUCGAAUGAAUCCCAGACUGCAGCAGAGUAGACCGUUUGUGACUUUUAAAGGGUAGGAUGUUAAACGUGGCAAAGGCGAAGAUUUGUGUGUGUGUGUGUGUGUGUGUGUGUGUGUGUGUGUGUGUGUGUGUGUGUGUGUGUGUGUGUGUGUGUGUGUGUGUGUGUGUGUGUGUGUGUGUGUGUGUGUGUGUGUGUGUGUGUGUGUGUGUGUGUGUGUGUGUGCGCGUGUACUCUGAGUACUCAGAGUACUCUGUACUCUGAGUACUCUCUCCACUCUGAGUCCUCUGUCCACUCUGAGGACUCUGCACUCUGAGUUGACAGAGCUCAGAGCUCUCUGUCCAUGCUUCAUAUUUUAAUAAGCUGAUUAUUAUUCAUCACUGAGUGAGGUCAUGGAUCAGCCGCCUAUAAGAGGUUAGUCUGGGAGAGUAUGAACUGAGAGGGGAACUGGUCCAACAGGAAGUAAACUAAGAUACUGUAGUCCCCUCUUAUCCGUGAUAGAUCAUAAAUAUGAAUAACGUUGUAUCUUAUCAGUAGGUUGAUCUUUUUUAAGAUUCCUGCUCUACAGGAUGCUACGUAUUAGACUGUGGGCAUUGGGGAUCGAACCCGGAACCUUCCAGCCUGGAGUUAAGCGUCAGGUUGACGUUAAUAAUGACUUUUUUUUCUUGUGUAUUCUUGUGUCCUGUGGUGACUUUAAAGGUACUUGGGACAGAAUGAGCAGUUGUUAUAUUUGUAGUGCGGUAUUAUGAUCAUAUUAUUUAGACAGCAAGACGGCCAUCUUGGUUAGUGAAGGUGUUUAGACGUCAUCUUGUACUGGAUCUUGUUCUCUGCAAGCCUGCAUCACAGAUGUCAUACCACAUGAGGAAGUCCAUAUAUGGUCCUGCCUUCAGAGUGGUUUAACCAGCACAGGGAGCGGUUGGUAUGAUAUCCGCACGGUGAACUUGAUCUUAUCAGACACUUUUGAAGCCCUAUGAGACCUUGUGUGUGGAAUGAUGAAUAGUUAUUAAAGAGUGUAUUAGAUACUUCUGGGCAGCAUCCCCACAUCUUUCCCCUCGUUGAGAAUGAGAGGGUCUAUGAAUCUGCGUCCAGGAAAGACCACGCUGCCUCUCGUCCAGAGAGACAGAGACAACAGCCCCCUGGGACCGGAAAUACACAGCUCAUAUGAAAGCAGAGAAUAAACACUGAGUGGACGUAGAAACAAGGAGUUGUGUUUGUGUCCAGGUCUCCAGUCUACUAUGGAUGAGGAGAGAGAGGACGGGGGUCCUACCUCUAAGACCACUCUGUCUGGGGAACAUGGCCGCCGGAGCAAAGCUGAGAGCCCAGAGCAGCAGCAUAGAGCAGAAUCCCCUGGACCCAGCAGUGUCUCCAGGAAGAGUGACUGGUUAAUGGAAAGAAUUAACUGUUUUGAACCGAAAGUCCAGCCGCAAAGAGCAGACUCCCCUGGACCCAGCUGUGUCUCCAUGAAGAGUGACCACUCUAUGGGUGUACCUGUUGGGUUUAAAGACGGAAAUCAACCUAUUGAGAAGAGAAGAGUCCAGCAGCAGAGAGCAGACUCCCCUGGACCCAGCUGUGUCUCCAUGAAGAGUGACCACUCUAUGGGUGUACCUGUUGGGUUUAAAGACGGAAAUCAAUCUGUUGAGAAGAGCCCAGAGCAGCAGGAGAGAGCAGGCUCCCCUGGACCCAGCUGUGUCUCCAUGAAGAGUGACCACUCUAUGGAUAAACCUCCUAACCUUAAAGAUGGACGCCCCUCCAGAGAGGAGAGAAGGAGGCAGCAGAGAGCAGACUCCCCUGGACCCAGCUGUGUCUCCAUGAAGAGUGACCGGUCUAUGGAUAAACCUCCUGUCUUUAAAGAUGGACGUCCCUCCAGAGAGGAGAGAAGGAGGCAGCAGAGAGCAGACUCCCCUGGACCCAGCUGUGUCUCCAUGAAGAGUGACCGGUCUAUGGAUAAACCUCCUGUCUUUAAAGAUGGACGCCCCUCCAGAGAGGAGAGAGUCCGGCAGCAGAGAGCAGACUCCCCUGGACCCAGCUGUGUCUCCAUGAAGAGUGACCACUCUAUGAAUCCACCUGUUAAGUUUGAAGAUGGAAAUCAGUCAAUUGAGAAAAGAAGAGUCCAGCAGCAGAGAGCAGACUCCCCUGGACCCAGCUGUGUCUCCAUGAAGAGUGACCAAUCUAUGAAUCCACCUGUUAAGUUUGAAGAUGGAAAUCUUCCACCUGUUAAGUUUGAAGAUGGAAAUCAUCAACCCUCAAAGAAAAGGAUGCAGCAGAGAGCAGACUCCCCUGGACCCAGCUGUGUCUCCAUGAAGAGUGACCGCUCUAUGGAUAUACCUGAUAACUUUAAAGAUGGACGCCCCUCCAGAGAGGAGAGAAUGAGGCAGCAGAGAGCAGACUUCCCUGGACCCAGCUGUGUCUCCAUGAAGAGUGACCAGUCUAUGAAUAAACCUCCUGUCUUUAAAGAUGGACGCCCCUCCAGAGAGGAGAGACACCAUGAGAGGUCAAAGGUUACCAGUGCUCAGUGUGUACAGCAGCAUCAAACAGAGCUGGAGAUGAACCAGGAGGAACUGGCUGACACACUGGGGGGCGAAUCUGCUGCUGUCGAGUGCCAACCUAAACUCAAGUCUCGUUUGAAGAAGAAGUUAUGGAGUUUGGAUGAGGGAAUCACACAAAGAGAGCAAAGACCUCUGAAUGAGAUCUACACAGAGCUCUUCAUCACAGAGAGAGGCAGUGGAGAGGUCAACCAGGAACAUGAAGUCAGACUGAUUGAAACAGCUUCCAGGAAACCAGCCAAGGAAGAAACACCAAUCAGAUGUGUGGACAUCUUUAAACCCUUACCGGGACAAGAUAAACCAGAUAAAUCAAUCAGGACAAUAAUGACAACUGGAGUUGCCGGCAUUGGUAAAACCGUCUUAACACAAAAGUUCACUCUGGACUGGGCUGAAGGCAAAGCCAACCGUGACAUAAACUUCACAUUUCUCCUCACUUUCAGAGAGCUGAAUAUACUGAAAAAGAAAGAGUUUAGCUUGGUGGGACUUGUUCAUCACUUCUUUAUUGAGACCAAAGAAGCAGAAAUCUGCAGAUUCCACAGGUACCAAGUUGUCUUCAUCUUAGAUGGUCUGGAUGAGUGUCGACUUCCUCUGGAAUUCCAGAGUAACCCGAUCUGGACUGAUGUCACAAAGUCCACCUCGGUGGACGUGCUGCUGACAAACCUCAUCAGGGGCGACCUGCUUCCCUCCGCUCGUAUAUGGAUAACCACACGUCCUGCGGCAGCCAAUCAGAUCCCUGCUGAGUGUGUUGACAGGGUGACAGAGGUGAGGGGGUUCACCGACCCACAGAAGGAGCAGUACUUCAGGAAGAGAUUCAGAGACGAGACGCUGGCCAACACAAUCAUCUCCCACGUCAAGAAAUCACGAAGCCUCCACAUCAUGUGUCACAUCCCAGUCUUCUGUUGGAUCACUGCUACAGUUCUGGAGGACAUCUUAAAAACAUCCAAGAGAGGAGAAGAGAUGCCCAAGACCGUGACUCAGAUGUACAGCCACUUCCUGAGGGUUCAGUCGAUACAGGGGGACAGGAAGUACCGUGGGAGAUCUGAAACAGAUCCACACUGGAGUUCAGAGAGCAGAGAGAUCAUCGUUUCUUUGGGAAAACUGGCUUUUAACCAGCUGGAGAAAGGCAACCUAAUCUUCUACGAGGAAGACCUGGCAGACUGUGGCAUCAAUAUCAACGAAGCCUCAGUGUACUCAGGAGUGUUCACCCAGAUCUUUAAAGAGGAGUGUGGGAUGUACCAGGCCAGGGUGUUCUGCUUUGUCCAUCUGAGCCUCCAGGAGUUUCUGGCUGCCCUUUAUGUCUUUCUGUCCUUCAUCAACGACGAUGUCAAUCUGCUCUCAGAAGAACGACCCAGCUAUGGGGAAGAUGAAUUCCUCGUCCUCUACCAGAGUGCUGUGGACAAGGCCUUACAGAGUGAGAACGGACAACUGGACUUGUUCCUCCGCUUCCUCCUGGGCCUCUCUCUGGAGACCAAUCAGAUUGUCCUACGAGGUCUGCUGAGAUGGAUUGGAACUACCUCAGUGACCAAUAUAAAUACAGUGUCUUACAUCAAGGAGAAGAUAGAUGGAGAUCUCUCUCCAGAGAGAAGCAUCAAUCUGUUCCACUGUCUGAAUGAGCUGAACGACCGUUCUCUAGUGAAGGAGAUCGAACAGUACCUGACAUCAGGAAGUCUCUCCGGAAAAUCUCUCUCUCUUGCUCAACUGUCAGCUCUGGCCUUCAUCCUAGUGACAUCAGAAGAGGAGCUGGACGUGUUUGACCUGAAGAAAUACUCUGCUUCAGAGGAGGGUCUUCUGAGGCUGCUGCCAGUGGUCAAAGCCUCCAAAAUAUCUCUGCUGAAUGGCUGUCGUCUGUCAGAGAGAUGCUGUAAAGCUCUGGCCUCAGUUCUCAGCUCCAGCUCUAGUCUGAGAGAGCUGGAGCUGAGUUCCAAUGAUCUGCAGGAUUCAGGAGUGAAGCUGCUCUCUGCUGGACUGGGGAGUCCACACUGUACACUGGAAACUCUCAGCCUCAAUGGCUGUCAUCUGUCAGAGAGAUGCUGUGAAGCUCUUGCCUCAGUUCUCAGCUCCAACUCCUCUAGUCUGAGGGAGCUGGAGCUGAGUACCAAUGAUCUGCAGGAUUCAGGAGUGAAGCUGCUCUCUGCUGGACUGAGGAGUCCACACUGUACACUGGAAACUCUCAGCCUCAAUGGCUGUGAUCUGUCAGAGAGAUGCUGUGAAGCUCUGGCCUCAGUUCUCAGCUCCAACUCCUCUAGUCUGAAAAAGCUGGACCUGAGUACCAAUGAUCUGAAGGAUUCAGGAGUGAAGCUGCUCUCUGCUGGACUGGGGAGUCCACACUGUACACUGGAAACUCUCAGCUUGUCUGGCUGCCUGGUCACACAGGAAGGCUGUGCUUCUCUGGCCUCAGCUCUGAGCUCCAACCCCUCCCACCUGAGAGAGCUGGACUUGAGCUACAAUCACCCAGGAGACUCUGGAGCUGCGCUGCUCUCUGCUGGACUGGAGGAUCCACACUGGAGACUGGACACUCUCAGUGUGGAGUACGGUGGAGUGUUGAGGCUGAAACCAGCUCUAAAGAAGUAUGCCUGUGACCUCACACUGGACCCCAACACGGCCCGCAGACUCCUCUCUCUGUCUGAGGACAACAGGAAGGUGACGUGGGUUAGAGUGGACCAGUCGUAUCCGGAUCACCCAGACAGAUUUGACUCCUGGGACCAGGUGUUGGGUAGAGAGGCUCUGACUGGCCGCUGUUACUGGGAGGUAGAGAGGAGAGGAGGGGUUGAUAUAGGAGUGACAUACAGAGGAAUCACAAGGAGAGGAGGGGGUGGUGACAGCAGGCUUGGACGGAACAACAAGUCCUGGGUUCUUCAUUGUUAUGAUGGUGGUUACUCUGUCCGGUACAACGGUACACAGACAGGCCUCCCUCUCCCCGCCGCUGGCUCCACCAGAGUAGGAGUGUAUCUGGACCGGCCUGCUGGCUCUCUGUCCUUCUACAGAGUGUCCCCAGGUGGAGGAGGGUCCUCAGACACACUGACACAACUCCACACCUUCUGCUCCUCCUUCACCCAGGAGGACCUCCUCCCGGGGGUGGGGGUAGGGGGGGGGUCCUCAGCGUCUCUGUGUCGGUUGUAGAAAAAAAAAGGGACCUCCUGACUGAGCAUGGCCCCUGCACACACACACACACACACACACACACACACACACACACACACACACACACACACACACACACACACACACACACACACACACACACACACACACACACACACACACACACACACACACACACCUACACACAC